CUUGACGGCUGUUGUAAGCUCAAUAUAUAAAGAGCUUCUAUGCAUUCACAAACAUAAGCCAGGCAUUGCUACAUAAAUAUUGAGUAGCAGGAGAUAAUGGAGGACGCUGCGAAUUUUCCUAACUCCGGCAAUUUAUCUAGCAAAGUAGUCGCCGUCGCUGCCGGCGAAGCACAUACUCUUGCUUCAACCGGGGAUGGGUGUGUAUAUUCUUGGGGAAGAGGAAUACUGGGGCGACUUGGCCGAGGCUCAGAAGAGGACGAGUUUUUUCCUGUUCAGGUCAAGUUUGAGAACCCCAGUUCAUCAGGAGACACUAUCAAAAUUGUGGGAAUUGCCGCUGGUGCCUAUCAUAGUCUUGCUCUUGCAGAUGAUGGAUCAGUCUGGUGCUGGGGUUACAAUAUCUAUGGUCAACUCGGUCUCAACGAAGAGGACUCCUAUGGCUCUAGCGGAGAUAAGUCUCUAAUUCCCUGCCUAUUAAACAAGUUCCUUGAGUUGCACCCUCCUGAUUCUUCAACAGAUCCACCAGAAGAAGAGAGUAAGGCAUCACUAAAGAUAUGUUCUGUCAAAGCAGGGGGAAUGAUGUCUCUGGCUAUUGAUAACCUAGGGGCCCUAUGGAUGUGGGGAAAUUGCCCACAGAAAAGCAACGAAGGAGGGUUCUCUCUUGUGAGCAGUUUCGUUCCCACACCAGUAUGGGAUUUUCACGGCCAUACUGUUGUCAAGGUUGCAUGUGGAAAUGAGCAUGUUGUGGCACUAGUUACUGCAGGAGAAUCAUACGUAGGUGAAGACCUCGUGUGCUACUCUUGGGGUAAUAACAGCCAUGGUCAAUUAGGCUUGGGGGAUAGGGAGAGCAGGCCACAUCCAGAAGUUGUAAAAGCAUUUGACCAGGAGUCCCCCUGGGCAAUUUAUGAGGUAGCUUGUGGUGCCUUUCACACUGCUUUACUCACUCACAAAAAAAGCCCCAGUGACACAUCAGCAAGCAUGUGCUGGACGUUUGGCCUUGGGGAUAAUGGGCAACUUGGGCAUGGAACCACGCAAAGCGAACUGCUUCCUAUGCCUGUCAAAGAAUUGCCACAGCAUGUUCAUCUAAUUUCUGUUGACUGUGGCUUGUUUCAUACUAGUGUUAUUUCAUCAGCUGGGGAUGUGUGGUCAUGGGGCAUGGAGAAGGGUCUUGGUCUGUGCCCUGAUGCUAGUUUUGCUGGAACUGAUUCUGGGGAUGCACUCUCUCCCCUUCUCAUCUCAUGUACACCACAUCAGCCUCGGUUUCCAGAACCAAUACAAGUUGCUUGUGGGGCGGCGCAUACUGUUGUUGUUGCACAGGAGGGAUAUAAGAUUUGGUCUUGGGGUAGGGGAAGGAGUGGGGUUCUCGGAAAUGGUAAGGCAGUGGAUUUUUACACUCCCACACUAGUGUUAUGGCCUCCGCUGAUAGAGGAUUUCAAGCAAGAGGACCAGAAGAGUACUGGAGACCAAGAUAAGAUGACAGAAAAAGAGGCUGAAGCGGUCACAGAAAUGGAUGAAAAAUUAGCCUCAGCAUUGAAUGAACUGAAGCUGCUUCAGACAAGGCUUUCUGUGAUGGAGAGAUAUGCCAGUAUACUUCAUGGUUCAAUAUUUGGAAAACCUUUUGAUGAGCGUGAUAUCCCAGCGUCAUUGAAGAACUCAGGUGUAUUCGACAUUGCAAAGGAAUGGGAGAGCAUGUUAGAGGAAGCAGAUCGCAGUAAGCUAAUUAGGUUGGAAAUGUUCUACAAAAACAUGCUUGCUGGCGUGAAAGAUAAACUAAUGAAAAGAAGGAUCAAGGAGAUUAUAAAGGAAUGCCUUCAGUCUUCAGAAUUUCCAAAACUGAACCCCGAGUAACUAAGCUGCAUCAUAUUCUGCACAGGAGAUUGCACUUUACAACGUAAUAAACAUCAUGCACCCAUACGUUUUCUCAUGCCCUUUCAGUAUAUACUCUUAGCAGAACAGACCUUAAGCUUCCAUACCUUCCGAUUUUCAGGCAAUUCUAAUCCGGUACGUUCCAUAGUUGGGUAUCUUGGAUCAAGGCCUUAAGCUUCAUUCAAGGUUAAAUUUCACUUGUAGUUCGAGACAUGAUCCUGGGUGGAGAUUAUUUUAUUAUUGUUUUUAUAAAGAAGAAUCCCCGUAUAUCUGGCCCUGCUUGUAAAACUCAUUUAAUUUGAUUUUUUAAAAUAUGCAAAAUAUUGUCAAA